CCCCAAAUGAUAUGUGAUGAUGCAGGGUCAACUACAAGGCAUCAUAUUAAAUUCCAUUUCAGUUUUCAUUGUUUGGGAUAAAACCAAUUAGAUUGUUUUGGGGAUAAAUUAUUUUUCACUCGUCUUCUUUUGCGGAACUGACACUAGGUUAUGGAUACUUAAUUAUGAGAGAUAUUUUUUUAUAUUCGCAUGUGUUUUCUGGAUAAAUUACAAUUAAUAGCCUGAAUCUUGCAAAGAUGGCAGUGUCGAAAAAGAAAUAUAAUUAUUUGCUUAUUCAACAAGACAACAGAAAAACAUUAAACCAACAAGAUUGGGAAAAGAAAAUAGUAUACAUCAGGAUUUGUGACGAUUUGUGAUUUAUUAUUGUAAGCGCCAUUUGCACUAUCGGAUUAAGUUGCGUAGAGUAAUCGGAUUAUAACAAAAGAACUUCUCGGAUUACGAUUUCUUGUCAUUUAUACUUCGAGUUAAUCUCUUAGUUACUAAAUCAUUGAACAUUGGACUCCACACACACAAAUAUCGUGUCCGUUCAUGAUUCAGUGAAAAAUCUUAAACUUAAACUGAAAAUAUCAGUGAAGAGAUGUGUACAGGAAUUAGCUUAGGAACACUUUAUAACAUCAAUGACGCUAACACAGAUAAGAAAGGCUCAAACAGUGUUUAACUAAUACAAAUGAAGGAGAUAGCGCUUGAACUUGAUAAGGAAUAAAUGAGUUUGCCUUGACGGUCAGCAGAACUUGAAUAGCCUACUUUUAAAUCUACAGGCAGAUUCUCGCAAUUGGUAUAUGUGACGGAUACAUGGAUAAAAAACAAUAGCAUCGAAAUCAGAUAUGUCACAGAUGAGUUUUGAACCGAUCAGCGAUGGCGUCCGGGAUAGGAUCGUCAACGCCCAGGAGUACCUUUCAGUAAAACAUGCGCUACCAAAGACUAAGAUACCGCAUGCCCUACUGCACGAGAAUCACAGCCAGGAUAGACAUCUAAGUAUUAAACUAGAUGAGCUGGAAAGACGCAAGAAAAGGCGAGAGGAGGUAUAUGAACAAUCGGAGAAAUCGUUCAUGGAUAGUGUGUUGAAGAAACAACGACAGUGGAAAAAAGACGACGAGAUGAGACUUGGCGGAAUGAACCUCCCGACUGUGUACCAGGAAGGGACAGAAUCGAGACCGUCCAGUAUGCAAGUUAUGUAUACCACCCCAAGGUACGCCUUACAGGACGAUGCGCUAAAGGCUAAUGAUAAUGUACUUCCUUAUAUGACAAUUCGGCAGGAAAGGUCUGAAAUCAUCCAACACGGAGAUAACACAUUUGUCACAAAAUUGCCCACCAUUGCGGAAAUCGACUUAGAAAAGCUCCAGAGACAUUCAGAUUAUUGCGGCACAGCUAUUCUUCACUCGGGUAAGGCAGUGUCAGAUCCGAGAUUUAAAAGACUAACAGCCUGUUUAACAAUCCCAUAUAAUCCUAAAUCUGAAGAAACAGGUGAAAACAUUUCAGAUGCAACAGACAAUGGAGCAGCAAAAGAUGCUUCUGAAAGGAGUGUUGAUAUUAAAACGGUUUCACAAGAACCAAGAGUACAGUCUCACUACUCUCGACGGUCAGUGCGGUCCUCUAGGGAUGGCAGGAGUUACCAGCCUGGGAAGAUAUUAACAAUCCCAGUGAAUUCCCCUAGUCAUAAACAUUCCAAGUCUGGAUCAAUAUUCCCUUCUGUUUUGGCAAGGGCUAAUACGACACACAGCAGAUCUAAGCCACACUCUCGCGAGGGUGAUACCCUCAAGUUACCCGAAACAUUAACUAUGCGAAAGGAAAAAACCGACAGUGAACUCUUGUUUCGAAAAUCUAAAUCUCAGGUGAAAAAGAGCAGUCAAAUUCUCCAAGAUUUAAAAACUCAAAAUUUACGGACACUAGCCCAAAACUAUGGACUUUUAUCACGGAGUUAUGGAAACCUAAAAAGGUUUCGAAGUCGGGAAAGUGUCCGCACAAAUAGGACAGACACUGCUCCGUGUGCCCAAUACAAAGUACCAGCGGCUACCAUCAAAAUGUUUUAUAAAUGAAUAAUUAUAUGCAUUGCAAUAAAGAUGGGUACAUAAGUAUUAAUUCUUUGAAUCAUGCUCAGUCUAGAUAUAUUGGAGUAACCCCGGGGAGUAACACAGCAUACGACUUAGAUCGCUUGGUCAUGUGCUGGUACCAAACAUCGCUGGUCACUAUCAAGCGAAGGCAACGACCGUAUAUUUCAUCAAAUUAAACUACUUUAUAGUUAACGUAAUGCUUUGAACUUAUAUCAGGCACAUAUGACAUGGAAACUCUGGGGAAUAUGAUAAUUUGUUCAUAUACCAUGUAUCGUAUCAUCGUAUCAUACAUUUCCAGGCAGUUAGUUUAUUACCUUAUUAAGCAGUGUAAGAUAUCGUUCAACUUUGGCGAUUCGAUGAAAACUAAAAAUAUCGAAAUCGACAAUUACCGUCCGCCAUCUUAGAUGCGAAGGUUACGGCCGUUACCUUCGCUUGAUACUGACCAGUAAUACAUAGUUGUAUACUCAUGCGUGAUAAUGCAAUUAGUAUCAGAAUGGCUUUGGAUAGAUCGUGAAGACUGUGUUGAGUAAGAAAAAAUGUGACAUAUUAUAAAAAAAAGCCUCACCCAAGUAAUAUCAACUCGGGACAUAUUACAUAUUACAAGUGUACAAUUAAUUCUAGUGUACUAGAUUUAGUUAAUUCUGUACUAGAUUGUCGAUUCAUCACAAAAGAGCUUUGUAAAAUCAACAUUAUACAAAUCAUUGAUGUUAUGGACGGUUUGCUCGACCUUAAAAGCUAAACAAUAUAAACAAAUUUUGAAACAAAAAUAGAUAGCGUCACAUUGAAUUUUGAGAAUAGGUAAAUAAAAUUGUAAUAUUUUGCACUGGUCAAAUCAUGCAGAGUAGUAUAAUACAGGGUUACUCUAAAUUGUAGAAAUAUGAAUUUCAUAUGAUAAAUUCAUACCGCAAGGUUUACAACUUUCAAUUUCUGACUUAAGCUUGAUUUUUUAUGAAAAAUAAAUAACCCCUUUUUGACAUUCUAUCAAUUUCAUUUGUUCCAUAUAUCAUUGACAGGACCAGGAUCACAACGGUCACAGUGAAAGUAAUACUGAACUUACUUGCUGAAAUAGUUAUUUUAUGCUUCUAAAAAGGACGAGUGUCUUUAAGGCCCUAUAUUAGCCCCCAAGAUAU